AUGAAGAUCAAGGUCCAUGUUGAGGAUGAGAGCGUGCUUGUGAUUAGUGGUGAGAGAAAGAGAGAUGAAGAAGAGGAGGAUAGGAAGUACUUGCAGAUGGAGAGAAGGGCUGGCAAGUUCAUGAGAAAGUUCUCAUUUCCGGAGAAUGCAAAUGCGGAUCCACCCUUCAUCAGGCCUUCAAGCCGAGGUUCCUUCGAAUCAAAAAACUCAUCAGUGAGCUUGAGAGCAGCGGUAGGGGAAGAAGAGGAGAAGCAAAAGACCGAGAUGGAGGCUAUUGAAGAGGUGGAUAAUGGAGGCGGAGAAGGAGAGAGAAACUCAAUCGGAAUUUUAGAGACCUAA